AUGUCCAAAACUACACUCGCCGCCAUCGCAGCCGUCAGCGCUGGAGCCGGCGCCGCCAUAACCGCUACAAUGUACUCGCUGCGAAGUUCAGAUCGCAAAGGCGACCUCGAGUCCAAGACGAUAUCUACAACUACGACCACCGUGUCCAACUCUCCCACGGCCUCGGCGCCCAUCCCCAUACCCGCCAACCAGAUCUUCAAGCCACCCGCACCAGCAACGGGGCUUUCGACCUCUGCACCCGCCACUCUCGGUCCCGCGCCCGUCGACCCAUCCGGCCUCUUCGAAUACGGCUUCCCGGGCCCCGUCGCCGACGUCGCAACCCGGCACGCCCUAAUCUCCUCCUUCGACCGCCGCCUGCGCAACCCGCACUGGGUCGUCGAGCACAUCACGCCGGCAUCUCUGGCCCAGCGCGACGGCGACCGCAAACACAGCGUCUUCCUCGAAGACGAAGCCGUGCCGGAAAACUUCCGCGCCAAGCUCAAGGACUACUUCCGAUCGGGCUACGACCGCGGCCACCAAGUCCCCGCAGCCGAUGCGAAAUGGAGUCAGCGCGCCAUGGACGAGACCUUCUACCUGACCAACAUGUGCCCGCAGGUGGGCGAAGGCUUCAACCGGGACUACUGGGCGCACUUUGAGGACUUCUGCCGACGGCUGACGGUGCGGUACCCCAGCGUGCGCAUCGUCACGGGUCCCCUGUACCUGCCUAAGAAGGACCCCGUCGAUAAUAAGUGGUACGUUCGGUACGAGGUCAUUGGCAACCCGCCCAAUGUCGCUGUGCCUACGCACUUUUACAAAGUGAUUUUCGCGGAGGACGGUACCGUGGGGGGGAACGUGGCGAUUGGCGCUUUUGUGCUCCCAAACGCGAAGAUUCCCAACGAGAAGCCCAUUACUGACUUCGAGGUCCCUGUCGAGGCGGUCGAGAGGGCGAGCGGGCUCGAAUUUGCGACCAAGUUGCCCAUGCAGAGGCGGAAGAGGCUGUGUGCCGAUACUACCUGUGCGUUGGUUAUUCGCGAAUACGCGGAGAGGCAGAAGGCGUUUGCAAAGCCCGCUGGCAAGCAAUAA